AUACGGACUGUCAAACUAAAACAAACAUGAAUUUCUCUGACAUAAUGUAGCUUAGUGCUACUGUACAUGUACUGUGGAAUAACUUAUGGUUUAAAUUGAAGCAUAAUGACAGAAGCACUGGAAGAUUCCACUCUUAAGGAGAUGGAUCCUGAGAAAGAGACCCUGUUCUUCCAGUUUGAUGCCUCCACUGUGCCAGAUGACAUGGCAGAGGUGAUGAAGUCCAUCAAGGAGUUGGCAGAAAACAUGUUGUUUCACUGGAAGACCUUCCCUAUAAUUUUGCCACCCUCUAUAACGGAAGUAGUCGGUGAAGCUACUGUACCCCAGGAUGGAGAGAAGGAAACUUUACACAAGGGUAAGAUCAACUUUAACGACCUAUUCAAGGCGCCAACAUUUGAUGAGCUAGACCAGGUGGCCAUGAACUCGUCAGGUUCACUGAAGAAACUAACAGACAAACAACUACAAGAUGUCUGGAAUCAUGGGCAGUUUGAGGUGGACAGUAUCAACUUCCCUGGACAAGUACACAAGUGGAGGCUGACCCGUCUAUUACAGAAAGGCUCGCUGACCGCCCAGGACUCCCUGCUGAACGAUCUGGCGCUGGUUUUGAGAUUGCUCAUCAUCACUGCUCGUAACAGAUUUGUGUCACACUUCUUCAGUGUGUCAGACUCCUUUAGAGGGCUGGGUAUAGGAUUCACGAAGUUACUAGAUAUCUUGAUUGGUGUCCCCUCCACAACUUCUGGUGACCUGGAUGGUAAAAUCCAGGACGAACACAUGAGAUACUUAGUGGCAGAGCUAGACAUCAAGCCUCAUUGUAAGAAAGAUUUCCAGACCUUCUGUACCUAUGUGAAGGAGAAAUGUGAACAAUUGCAGGCUGACAGCUCAAAGGGUACACCCAUCAGACCCCCACCCAUACCGUACAGCUACCAGACCCCGAGCGGUCUCGACAUUGACUUGAGGUUGUUCAACAAAGACUUGAUCAACAACUGUCUACCGAUCCUCAGUAGUAUACUUGAUCGAGGGUCGAGGGGAUGGCAUGUGCAAUACCGUCAGAAGCUGAUUCGGGAGCUACAGGGUAAAGGAUUAACAAAUGAAGAAAUCUCCAAAAGAGUGAAUGCCUCUAUUAUGGACGAGUACUUAGACAGGGUAUUCAGUGCAAUAUGUAGCAACACGGAGCUGGAUAAUCUACAACAGGGUAUUGGUAAACUGUUGGUGGAACAAGCGAAGACUGUGAUAGCCAUGAAAAAAGCUGUCAACAACGUCCAGGUGAAGAUGGUAAAACACAAGGAAAAGCUGAUUUCGCAUCUUAAGUCUGGAUACAGAGUGAAAUCUCGGAUAGAACCAUGGAUGAAUGAACAGAUCAGAGCCUUUGAGACGGAGUUUGUGGAACAGAACCUAUGGUCUGCCCACGAGGAGGCCAUCAGUAUCUGUGAGGACGAGGGACUCAAACAGGCCGUCUACUUCCUUAAACGUGACCUCAACUUCCUCAAACAGAGAGAGGCAGUCCUCAUCAAAGAACUGGGGAAAGUGAGAUAUCCCAAACGACGGUUCACAUUUGCCACACGGAUCUGGCUGCCGCAGAACUACAUCGUGUUGAAGAAGAUCGGGAACCAACAAGAGAGGAUUCCAACCGUGGUCAUGAACACUCAGAGCCCACCCAACAGUUCGUUGGCGCUCGGUGAAGGCGACAGGGUUGUUAGUUACACAGUGGAGAAAAGUCAUCAACGUGUUACGUCUUCACGCUACCCAUUUUGGCGCUGGUGGAACUACCUGCACCGUACUUGGACCUGGACGUGGAAUGCCAUUUUCGUUCUUGGGGUUGUGAUCCCCUGGUGCAGCUCCAUCAGUCUGAGGGCGCUGUUCAGCAUCAAGCCUUUCAUACCAGACACUACUCUUAGUCAGAAUGAUGGCAAGUUGUAUCGAAACUCGUACGCCACAACCCAGACCCUGUGUUCUCGCCUCAGUCGACUGUGGGUCAAUGUCUGGGAAUCCAGGAAAAAAUUUGAGGAUGCUCCAGACCAAGGUUUCCUAGGAAAGAGUUUGACACGUCAUAUCAACCGUUUCUGGAACUACGUCAUGAAGGGGGCGUGUGGAACAGUAAUACUAGUCCUCUUCUUCCCGGUCUGCUGUGUCGUUACUUCUACUGCCUCCCUGACAGCAGCCGUCACUGCUCCCCUGUGGAUGCCAGCUGUUACCCUAUUCGUUCAUAUAAGUUUCUUCCUCGUUUUCGAUUUUGACUGUCCAGAUGAAAGUAACCGAUUGUUCCUGAUUUUCGAAGCCUUACUAGGAAGGAUUGUACUUCAAGGACUGAUACAGCCGAUAGCUGCACUACUUACAGGGGGUAUCCUCUGCCCACUAGCUGCCUUAGCGGUGUCUAUCUUUGGCCUGCUGAGGCGGACGGGACGUGGAGCGUGGGACACUGUGAUGUACUUCACGGUGGUGAAGAGUCGGGGGCGGGUCCCGGCCAAGGACAGCUUUGUGGCCCGCAGGAUAGCAGGGCCGGGACUGGCCUCUAACUACUACUUCCAGAUUCAGAUGGAGCAGGCCCUCGCUGCACUAGAUUCGCGUAUGGAACAGGACGAGCUGGAGGCCUGGAAGUCCCACGUCACCAAGGUCAUAGAGCUUCCGAAGGAAAAGUACAGUCUGUUUGUGGAGCAAUGUUUCAAGCCUUUCUCAGCAGACGUUGUCCAGGAGGGAGUGUACAAACGCCUGUGUGCCGAAACCAGCCAGUACCUCACCGAUCUCACCAUGAAGGUCAAAAAUCGUGAGAAAAACCUGAACACUGGUCUCCAUCCUGACAUACAGAGACGCAUCAAGUUACCAGAAAGGGAGCUCAAGUUAUCCAUUCUGAAUGCUGCUAAAAUGUUGGACAAGUUUUACACCGAACGUGUCUUCCCGAAACUUUUGAUCCCUGAAGUGGAUUUCUGGGAAGGCAAAGGAUUGGAAUUUCGAGAUUGGAGAGGAUUGGCUAGCAAGAAAUUCAUAGAGGUCUUCUCCAAGACCUUCCUGAUACCUUUAGAAGACACAGAUAAUCAUUUUGAACUUGAGGUUAACCAUAUCAACAUGGAGCGAUAUAUGAAGAUGCUUGCAACUGGUGACUUCCACGAUGACCUUGACCUUGUCACAGAGAUUCACACACCUUCUGGUGAAGUGACCGUCAAGGCACCACAGUUGGACCUCCAUUUCUUCGACCCCAGCCAGGUCAUCCUACAGACGACACGGUACCACACACCCAGGUCAAGGUCCAAACCGUGGAAACCAGUUUUGAAGGAACUUCAGUUUGACAAACUGCAGAUACCCUUACCGAUCCCCCAUCCUGUGGUUAUAGCUGUGCUCAUAUAUAACAGAGACCACGACCAGAACCCCAUUGUGUACGAGGAUGUGUACUGUCAGCGGAUCCUGCGGGCCACCAAAGAGGUGAAGGCCCAACCAGAGUGAAGUUGCUGCGGGGUAUCUUUUACCGUUCUACACUGUACAGUAUAAUUGGUUGCCUUUAUAGCUCUGACGUGUUGUAACUCUAUCUGCACUCUCUAAUUCUACCAUGUAAAAUUGUACUUUUUUAUUAACCAAGAAUAACCAUGUCAUUGUUCAAUGACCAUGUCAUUGUUCCAAGAGAUUACAUACAGCAAAUCCUUGUUAUACUGUCACCGUUUUCCAACAGAAAUAUUGAUUGGCAUUAUAAAGGGGAUUCAUUUGAUAAUAAAUAAGUUUAAAUGAAUUGCUAAAAAGAAAUUUGGAGAAAUUAUCAAGGGAGUGGUAAACAUUUUUUUUUUUUUAAAUUAAUACUUUCGACAAAGGUACAUUGACAUAGAAUGACAUCAGAAGAAAUGGCAGUUUAAAAGAUUGGCGUUAUAACGGGGUUUUACUGUACAUAUUGGCAUUUGAGAAGCUCGACAGGCAAUUUCUGGUCAUGAUAAGUAUUCAGUAAUUCACAUAAAAAAUUGAAUUGGUCUUAUAUAAAUGUUAUAUAUAUCUACCCUAAUGUUUGGAUACAACCAAUUUUAGUUACCACAUCUGGUAAAAGAUGUAUCUUUUAGUCGUUGAAAUUUAAUCUGAUUUUUCAUAUGAUUUGCAUAAUAUCUAUUAUUCUAAGGUGAUGUUUCAACAGCUAUAAAAUUUUGUCGGAAUUGCUCAAACAUUUUUGGUUAAAAAACAUGAGGUUCCGAAAUAUCCCUGUGAUUUGUGCAGAAGGUAUGUGUAUAUAAAAACAUCAUGGUGUCCAGAAACAGACAUGGCACCAUUUAAAAAAGGGACUAUUGUAUUUAAAUAAUUGACCUUGAUAAAGGUCACACAGAACAACUAGACAGGAAGUAGGGACAGAGCAUGUCCUCUUGUUAUCUCUUGUGUCCUGUCUGUUGUUGCAGUUAUAACAUUACUUAGUUACAGAAGAAAGUCUUCCUUGGUUUCUAGAAUGUAUAUUGUUUUGUAAUUGUUCGUUUGACUUCACAAAGUGUUAUGGCUUACUAAAGCAAUUUUACUUUCUAAAAUAUGUCGACCUUCAUCAGAUGAAUGUAAACCUAUGGAAAUUUGACCUUUCUGUCACAAAAAUGGACAUAUUAGGUCCUUUGCCUGAUGUAUGUGUGACAACAAUAGAGUCACUUUGUCUUAAUAUUUUGUUUGUCUGACAUGCACUGACACCAUCAGGGUGAAAAUAACAAUUUUGUAAGUCUUCGGACAAACGAAACAGCAACACGGUCCUUAGCCUAACGAACAUGAUGGUUGAAGGCUAGGAUUCACCUCAUUCUAUUUUGUCACUUUUCAAACAAAUGGGAAAACAGGUUGAAGAUAUUUUAUUUGUUCAAUCAACAUGUGUUAAAAUAUGUGUAUUUCAGAUUUGUCUUGAGGAAUUAAGACAUCUGUCAAAUUCACCUGUUAUUGUCAUAGCUCAAGGAGGUAGAAAUGGCCAAUUAAAUCCUGCUGAUUUUAGCUGUGGUUGAGUUGGUCCUUUUAAAGAAGGGUUCUCUCUGAUUUCUUAAAUAUACAUAUAUAAGCACUUCUCUGAAGUUUUCUAUAUUAAACAUUAAAGUGAUUAAAUAACAAACGAAACUGUAAGUAUAUGAAUCAGAGCAUGUUUCAAAAUCCCAGCCAGGCUAUAAGCUAACUUAGGGUCAUGCAGUUUCUGUGUGUUCUACAAGGAUGUUUUUACUUUCAAAUGAAAGGGUCACAGGGUUUACCUUUAAUUGCCUCAACAUGUACUUUCAAUACACACAAACACAAUUAGAGGUUUGUGUUUUAGUUUAACAAAUCAUAUGUUACAUGGUUUUGUUAAAUUCAUACUAGACGUAGGGCAAAUUUAACGAAGCCAUGUAAUGGAUGACUUCAAUCAGUUUAUGAUCAGUCUUCAGGUUUUAAUUUUAUUCUGCUGUUAGUAUUAAUGGCUAGUUCAGAACUUUCUUGAUGUUAAAACAUAUGUAACCAUAAAAUUUUGUAUCAUAUUAAUUUUGAAAAUAUUGCCUAAAAAUAUUGUAAAUAUAUUUCAGAAAAGUAUUUGAUACCUUGUAAGAUAGCCAUGAAUUAAAUAAUUCUUGAAUGUACAUAUUAUUGCAUGUUUAAUCAUGUCAUGAAAACUGGGGUCACCUAUUUAUAAAACGUAUUUUGUAGACAUAAAACCAGAAAUAUUUAUCACUGUCCUAACGAUUGGUUCUUCGAAACACUUUUGCACAAUUCAGCAUUAUAGUAUUCAAGCAAACUUCGUUGGAAAUCAUGGUAUGUCUUAUCGGCAAGAUCUUUGAAUGCUUGUGCACAAUUCAACACUUCUAGUAUAUUCAAGCAAUCAGCACUGGUAGAUGUCACAGCAUGAGCGCAGAAGACACAAACUACACAAGUUAUGUUUGCAUGAUGUGUACAUUUCUUCACAUGUUUGCAUUGUUUGGUCUGAUUUUGCAUGCUUUUAGUCUUUCCCUGUAGACCAGAGAAUACACUUGUGGAGUACGCCACACGGUCAAAGGGACAUAACCCUUGUUCUUUCCUUCUCUCUUACAGGGGAAGUAACUCUGCUCCCCUUUAAUCUUCUUGUAAGCUCCCCUAUAGUUGAAGCAUACUUGCUAAAAUCAUGCGACAAAAUCUAAAAAUGAAAUGUACGAAAUAUUUUUAUGAUGACCCUUAUUUGACAAAACAACAGUCACUAGUGCGAUAGAGUUUACUUUUCUAUGCAAUUAAUUGUAACUAAAAACAAGAUACAAUGUGUAGGGAAAAUCUGCUGAUUUCAAAAGUCAAAAAAUGAGAGUGAUAAAUUUGGAGUCCCCCUCCAAUAUACAGAGACUUAGUUAACAUGUUUAAGCAUUGUCAUAAUUUCCUUUGUGCUUCACUGCUUAUAUUAGUAGGGACAAAAUGAUUGUUUUAAGAAGAAAAAUUUAAGAAAAAUAUGUUUAGUGUUAAUUUCAUGCUGUGUGUAUAUUUCACUUUCAAUGUGAAUGGAAAUGGGAUUUUUAUAUUUUGAAUUUUAAGUGAUUUCAAACCAUUCAAUAUACUCAAUACAUAGAUGUAGGUUGAUUUAAUAUUUACUUUUAGGGAAAAAAUGUGCUUAUUUGUACAUAAUUGGCAAUAUAGAUGUUUUAUCUCUUAAUUGCACACAAAAAUUAAUGUUGUCAUUUAUAAUUUUUUUGCAACGAGGUUUAUGAUUAUUUUGUGCCUUGCUAAAUUUUGGCGGUAUUUUAGGAUGACUAUCUCUAAAUCCUAUUGAAUGGUUGUGAUUUCUGCUUGUGCUGUCCAUAGUACAAAUUACUGUUCUGUAUAUAUAUAAGGCCGUACAUGUACAGUACAUAAUCUAUUUUAAGAAGCAUAAUAUGCGGAACAGGCAAAUAUUGUUUAGUUUUAUGUACCAGGUGAAGGAUAGGUGUGAGAAACAUUGGGAGACAUUAAGAAAAACAUGCUGAAGAUUGAUAUAAGAAUUUGUACUUUUAGCUCACAAUGAUUGCUUGAUUUGAUUGAUAUAUAUAUAUAUUGUAUAACAAUGCUUCCAGAAGUCCUUAUUUCCUUGUGAGAGGCUACUUGACAAUUUCAUCAGAUAGGAAAAUGUUAUCUUUUCCAAUUUUUCAUAUUGAUUCUAUGAAUUUUAAUAGUAAACAUUUAGGAUUGUUUGUAUAUUGGAUUGAAAAAAAAAAAAGAUGCAUUGUAAAUCAUCUUUUGUUUACUUAGAACAAAUUAACAUGUAAUUUUUUUCCACUUGAUGAAUAACCAUAUUCCCAAUAUCUGUCUUCUUUAUUUCUUCCGUCAUUUAACAUUACAGUUACUGUUCAUUUGCUUAUUUUCUGUGAGAGACUAAUUUGAUCUUGAAUUGGCUUGGAGACUCAUUCAUUCCGAUUCAUGAAUUUAAAUCUUUUGCAUAUACUGCCUAUUGUAUUAUUUACAAAGAUCAUUAACUUUGACAUUGAACUAGCAUCAUCUUAACCCUUUCACCACUGUAGACCAUAAUGGACUCAUCCAGAUCAAUGCAUGGUAGAGUCUACUAAAGUUACCUAGGGGUAAAUUUAAAUAUUCAUGAGUAAAAAACCUGCUAGUCUUAGGAUUGGGAGUUCAUAGAUUAAAAGUACAUGCAAUAUUAUAAAUAGAAUGGGAUUGAUGGUACUUGAUCUGGCCUCGGUCUGUUUGUAAGAUGCUUCAUUCACAAAUGAAUAAAAAUACAUUAUUAAUGUUGGUUUCAGUAGAUGAUUUAGCGUGCUGUAACACCUCCUUAUAACAAUAACACAAAAUUCAACUUUUACUAAAACAUCUGUGAUGUGAACAAUUAAACAAGAGUUUAAGGUAGAGAGUCCCACCAUUUUUCUACUGUAUACAGGUUUAAGGUAGAGAGUCCCACCAUUUUUCUACUGUAUACAGGUGUAAGGUAGAGAGCCCCACCAUUUUCUACUGUAUACAGGUUUAAGGUAGAGAGUCCCACCAUUUUUCUACUGUAUACAGGUUUAAGGUAGAGAGUCCCACCAUUUUUCUACUGUAUUCAUACAAAAAAAAAAUGAUGGGUUGCAUACUUUGCAGACAGCAUGACUGAUAGGACAUUUGAUAUGCUUUCUGCAUUAUAAUUAAGUGAUUCAUGGGUGGAAUCUCCUAAGAGAGAUGUUUUAGUGAAAAGUAAAACAAAAUGAGCAUAUUUCUUCCAUAUGUUUAACUCCUUGAUAUAUAACAUUGGAAAGCAACUCCCAAGUCAGAAAAAAAAAUGUCCAUCAGAUUGGAGUUCUUUUUCGUUGGAGAUUUAACACAGAACACUGGGACUUUCUACCUUAACUAAUUAUAUUGUUAAUUAUUGCUUAUAAUGCUGUCAAAUUUUUCUUCAUUAACAAGAAAUUUUCUCAUAGGCAAUAAAAAUAUAUAAUAAAUAAAUUGUUUAUGGCAAAUUAAUUUAAUAAAUUAAUAAGUCACCUGGAGUUCAGUUUAAAGGAGGUGAACAUCAUCAUUACAGGGAAGUUGAAAUCAAUAUCAUAACCUCAUUGCUUUUAUAAUAGGACCAUCAUUCAUCUUUAAGUAUUGUUACAAUGAUCUUUCUGUUACAGUAAAUCACUAUUUUUUUGUGAGAUUUAUAUUUUCUCAGUAAUACUUGGGUAGGAAUUAUCACAAAUUUUAUUGUGUCAUUGAAUUUUUUUCCAACAAGCUAGGAUGCACACUAUAUAUAACAAUUAUUGUUCCAAAAAGGAUAAUAUAUCAUUGUUGAACAUAUAUUGAUCAUUAUUCCCUUUGUGAGUACAAGUCCUUGAAAAUAAAUAAAUAAAUAAAAAACAGGAAAAUAAAUAUUUAUGAAAAAUAUUUGAUUUACAGCAUCCCUAUUGACCAUGUAAAAUAUUUCUAUGAUGAUGUUAAGUUUUUAUUUAUAUUUAUCAAUAUCUCGUACUAUUCCGUUGGGAAUAAUAGGAAAAGAUUCAUUUUUACAGCCUUAAACUUCAAUUUAGAAACAAUCAAGCAUAAUAUUUCUAUAGAAAUGUACUCUGUUUAUGAUCUUGUGUUGAUAUGCCUUUUUUUUCUGCUGAUAUUUUAUUUGGGAAUGAAAAUAAAUUAAUAUGAUUGUCAGUGUUAAAGAUUGUAACUUGACAAACUAUACUAUAUCACCCAUUAUCUUUCCAUACUAUAUAUCAUGGUGCUAUUUACUCAUGUUAGCCUCUCAGUUUCUCUCUGACUCGUUUCCCCUAUUAAAUAACAUGACAUUAUCAAUUAUGCACUAGUGAACUAUAAGUUGAUGUAUAUCAUGUAUUUGUUAUGUUAGAUUUUUUUCCAUGCCAUAUAUAUUUACUGGUAUAUAUAUAUAUAUAUAUAUUAAUGUGAAAUACACUGAUGACACUUACUUAUUUUGACCUUUGACCUUUGAAAUUUGUUAUCACGAAUCUCAACCGAAUGAAACAAUACGUUCUACUCUUUAUGACAGUAUAUUCCGUGAACAUCAGCUGUGAAAAAAACCAACUUGCAUAAUGUCGUGGACAACCCGUUUUCAGUCCUGUCCAAGCGUAAAAUUUUGACAUAUUUUGCCCUUGGAAACACAAAAUAACAUAAGAAAUUUUAUUCUGACAAUUGGUUUUGUAAGGCUUUCUUGCCACUCGCAAGUGCUUUGAUAAAGCAUUUUACUCCCUUACAUAGUAAUCAAAAGCUUGCCAACUUAGAAUAAUAUCAAGAAAUGAUUGGUUUGACAAGAAGACCAGCUCCAUCUGUAAGUUUACUGUGUAUAUGAUGGAUUCGUACAGAUUUGCAGCUUCAAGUGCAUUUUAGCUGGCAAUUUUUUUCCAACCUAAAAUGGCCAUGUGAUAUAAGGUAACAUUACUCAUAAAGAUAUGCUUAAUUGCAUUGGAGCUUAAAGAAAAUUGACGUACGCCAGAACUUGAGGGUUAAAAGCAGUUGAAAAUUGCUGUAACCAAGUUAAAACUUGAGGUUGGUUGUAAAUCAGAUACUUAAAUUGAAGAAAAAGAAGGACCCUGAAAGCAGGAAAGAAACUCUCAAUGAUAAAUGAGGGAGGGGUGCUUAAAAUCGAAGGCCUUUUAGGAAAAGGGAGGGAACCUUCAACAAAAAUGGUAGGUAUAUGACAUUGCCAUGAUAUAGAUA